UUUAACUGUUUUUUCCAAUUCAAUCUCAAACUUCAACUCUUCUUCUCUUCAUAUUCUUAAAACCACAAAGAAAAAAAAAAUAAAGAGGCCCGUAAAGGCAAGUUUGCCUCAUUCUGUUUCCGGAAUUGAAACAGAGAAAUGAAGUUGUAAAAACAGGUUUUUUUUUUUGAAUUUUUAACUAUCGAAAAUGCAGAAAUUGAUUCUUCAUAGACCACCAGUCAUUUCAAGAGGGAAACUUCCCUUGUUAGUUCUUGCGGAUUCAAUGCCAUCUGCUGGUAGCAUUUCACGAAUACCCAAUUCUCCUUCAUUACGAUGUAGACAAAUAUCAAGGUUGAGUUCAACGUGCAGCACAUUCAGAGCACAAGCAUCCAAUGUAGGUAUUGGAUCUGGGGGCUAUGAGGGCAGGGAGGAAAAGGAAGACCAUAAAAGUUUUGUGAAGGCUCCAUCCAGUGACGGUUCAUCAGAAGCUGUGCAGCCUCCCAGUCAAAUUCCUUACCCUCUCUCCAUUGCUAUUGUGCUAUUGGGAUGUGCUUUAGUGUUUUCACUGAUUGCCUUUGCAAAAGGUGGACCUUCAUCACUCUUAGCACCAAUCGCAAAGUCAGGCUUGACUGCUGCUUUCACAUUAAUAUUUGUUUCUGAAAUUGGAGAUAAGACAUUUUUUAUUGCUGCACUCUUGGCCAUGCAAUACAAGAAAGGACUGGUACUGUUGGGGUCAAUGGGUGCACUUUCUCUUAUGACAAUCUUGUCCGUGAUAAUCGGACGUGUCUUCCAAUCUGUUCCUGCUCAAUUCCAGACAACCUUGCCAAUUGGAGAAUAUGCAGCAAUAGCUCUUCUUGUGUUCUUUGGCCUGAAAUCUAUAAAAGAUGCAUGGGACCUUCCACCAACUGUACCAAAGAAAAGUGGUGAGAGAGGUCCUGAACUAGAUGAAUUUGUCGAAGCCGAGGAACUUGUGAAAGAAAAGGUCUCAAAACCGCUCUCUAAUCCACUUGAAGUUGUCUGGAAGUCAUUCAGCCUUGUAUUCUUUGCUGAAUGGGGAGACCGUUCAAUGCUUGCAACAAUUGCACUCAGUGCUGCACAGUCAGCAUGGGGUGUGGCAAGUGGAGCCAUUGCUGGACACCUACUUGCAACAUCAAUUGCAAUUGUGGGAGGAGCAUUUCUUGCCAACUAUAUUUCUGAGAAGCUGGUUGGUUAUUUGGGUGGAGCACUUUUUCUAAUUUUUGCUGCAGCCACAUUUUUUGGAGUUUUCUGAUAGAGUAUAUGGAGCCUAGAGAGAAAACAGAGGCUAGUUUCCGGUGCAAUUGUUGUGAUACAAUGCCAUCUGUGGGCAGAGAAUUUGUUGUUAGAGAAAAUGAUGAGAGAAAAAGGAGCCCUAGAUCUUCCUAUGGGGCUCUUAAGAGAAGUGUUAGUUCUUAGAAGCCUCAUUGGAAAAUUUGCCCAUUAAAUGUUAUUCCGUACUGCAAUCUGGAACAAUUGGAAAAAGGGAUUAAUGUUAGAAAUAUUAGCCCACUUUGAUGAAUUUUGUGUACUUUAGCUCUUUGGGCCAUAAUUGAUAUAUUUUUAAGGAUUGUUGAUGCAACUUUCUCAUUUAUGUUUCUCUGCUUUGACAUGAAACACUUGGAAAGUUUUGAUGAA